AUGGCCUUGCGCAUCCGCCAGACCCUCCACGGUAGCCGGCGGGGGCUGCGGCGGGGACCCCGGGAGUGCGGACCCGACCUUGCGGACUGGUGUGGGAUCGGAGUGCAGGCAAGGCUGUCCGGGAGGCGGACCCGCCCGAAAGGCUGCCCCGGGGUCCAGGCCUGCGACGGGGAGCGUUGCCACCUCCCCUAUGUCCCGAACCAGGCCGGAGCGACGAGUGCCCGGGUCCUGCCGCCACUCUCCGAGUCCUGCCGUGCAGCCGCUGCGCCGUCGGCGAUGUUUUAUUUCCACUGCCCGCCACAGCUAGAGGGCACUGCACCCUUUGGAAACCACUCCACAGGGGAUUUUGAUGAUGGGUUUCUGCGCAGAAAGCAGCGCCGGAACCGGACCACCUUCACCCUCCAGCAGCUGGAAGCUCUGGAAGCUGUCUUUGCCCAAACACACUACCCAGAUGUCUUCACCAGGGAAGAGCUGGCCAUGAAAAUAAACCUUACAGAAGCCAGAGUGCAGGUUUGGUUCCAGAACCGAAGAGCCAAGUGGAGGAAAACAGAGAGAGGGGCCUCAGACCAGGAGCCCGGGGCCAAGGAGCCCAUGGCUGAAGUGACACCGCCACCUGUGAGAAACAUCAACUCACCACCACCCACAGAUCAGGCCCGGAGCAAGAAGGAGGCACUGGAGUCCCCGCAGAGCCUGGGCCGAGCGGUGGGCCCUGCAGGGCCAUUUUUCCCGUCCUGUCUGCCGGGGACGCUGCUCAACACUGCCACAUAUGCCCAGGCCCUGUCCCACGUGGCCUCCCUGAAAGGCAGCCCACUCUGCUCGUGCUGCGUCCCGGACCCAAUGGGACUCUCCUUCCUGCCCACCUAUGGCUGCCAGAGCAACCGCACGGCCAGUGUGGCAGCACUGCGCAUGAAGGCCCGGGAGCACUCGGAGGCUGUGCUGCAGUCUGCCAACCUCCUGCCACCCACCAGCAGCAGCCCCGGCCCCUCCGCCAAGCCUGUGCCCCCAGAUGGCAACCAGGACAAGACACCACCUGCCAAGGACCAGAGUGAGGGUGAGCAGGGUGUAUGAGGGAGCAGAGCCCUGUGGCCCUUGCCCUCCCCACCCACCACCUUUCCCUGCCUCGGCCCUGUGGACCCUCAAC